CCUCCGCUUCGGCCAUUGCAUUCUCCAGUGCUUCGCGAUGCUGCAGUACUUGAUGUACGCCGUGUUCUACUCGGUCUGGGUUGCAUCGCUACUCUGCUUUUACCUCGCGCUCGGCGCCAUCGUCGUCACGGACCUCCGCUUCUACCUCAUCCCGUUCUUCGCGAUCUACUACAGCUACCGCUACUUCAUCUCGCCGCUUGCGCCGUGGCCGGCUGCCCAAGCCUUUGCGUACAAGAUGUUCAAGAAGCACCAGUAUUUUAGCGAGCAAAAGGUCGUGUUCGAAGACAACAUGGGUGCACCGGCCGCCGACUCGAAGGCGCUCCUCGCCUACCACCCCCACGGCGUUCUUAGCUGCGGCUGGACGACCAACGGCAUUGGCUGCGAGACGUUCGCGCCGUCCAAGAUUCAAUGGCUUGUGUCGGACGUGCUCUUUAACCUCCCGGUGAUGGGCGACAUGAUCUCGUGGGCGGGCUGCGGCCCCGCUGGCAAGGAAAACUUUUCCAAGCUUUGCGGCCAAGGUAGCAACAUCGCGCUCAUUCCUGGUGGCUACGAAGAGGCGACGACCUACAACUACGGCAAGCACCAAGUCUACUUGAAGAACCGCAAGGGCUUUAUCAAGCUCGCACUCAAGCACGGCUACAAGAGCUAA